UUCGUUUUUCUUCAACCAAAAGGAUUAAAUUCUAAUAAAUCGUUCAAUAACCUAUAAAAAUGCCUAGUAAAGUAGAUAAAGUUUAUCACACAAUGUUGCUUCGCCGCAGAUUUUGUAAACGCGUUAUUUUAAUGGCUGUCGCAUUCGGCCUAUCAUUUUACGUUUCUGUUUUGUUAUUUGGUGAUUUAAAAAGCCCUAGAGUGAUGAAUUUAACUGAUUUAGACCGCUGCCCUGCUUGCUUUGGAGUGACUGUAUGCCCUGAGCUGUAUUCUAAUCAAAUUAUAAUGGAAUCUAAUCAUCACUGGCACAGUAUGUUCAAUGCAAAAAAUAUUUAUUAUGGCUACACAAAAUCUAACAGACGAGUGGUUAUGAAGAAAUUAGCUCACGAUUGGGAACUCAAAGAGUUAGAUUCGAAGUUGUGUAAGAUUUGGCACCUAAAACGCGACUGCAAACCAAUAAAUUUGCUCAAUGUAUCGAAUAUUGAUGAGAAAAUGAUAAGCAUCAUCAGUUACAACAUCAGUUGGCCAGAUUCUGAGCCAAGGAAGGGUCUGGUGCUCUGUCCCUACACUUACAGCUUCUAUGACUUCAUCCAGCCAGUGCUGAACAACCAGAAAUCGAAUAAUAACAACUAUAAGUCGGACAUGUUGAAUGUGUGGACAAUGCUGAGCAUCAAUCCAGAGCCUAUAAUUUUACAGGUGAUACCCAAGUCAAAGGGCUGGCGUGUGCCAGCAUAUGGAGGAGUUUGUGGUCGUCUGGAAAUUGUAGCAUAUGAAGGAGAGCCACUGUCAUCACUACUGCACGUGCAGUGGCACCGUAAACUCAAAUAUGCUCGAGCCAUUUUGGAUGCAGCAAUGGAUUUUACGUUUAAACAUGAUAGAUUCCGCUUUUACUUCAUGGACUGGUCUUUAGACAAUAUUGUGGCAAAUGAAAGGGACGAAAUCACAUUUGUGGAUCUGGAAGAUGUCAUUGUGCUGGACAAACACAUAUCUCCCAAGAAAGACCUACCAGACUGGUACCAACGUUACAUCAGAGAAAUCACUGGACCAGGAUUCACAUUUUCAAUUGAAAAUAUGUGCAAACACCAUUUGAGUGACCACAAUAUUUGGGCAGCAUGUUACGUAUUAGCAGGGGAUGAAAAUCCAUUGUUGUACCCUAUACCGAAAGACGUUAAUGCUUCAAGGCCACAUUUAGACCGACUGCUGAGUGAAUGCUUGAACGGUGACGACCGUUUCCGUACCGUAACAAAACUGCAGCAUGUUAUGUCAGAUAUGUUGAUAGAUGAAAACAUAGUUGGUUUUGGCACUGUUAGAUGAUAAGACAAAAAAAAUUAUUUUGGAAUCUCAGCAUUGUGAUGUCUUGUUUAAAUCAUAACAAGAUUUUAAUCUAAGUUUUCGUCCACCAUGAUUAUUUCUGUGGGCUUUAAAACUUCAAUUUUGCAUUUAGUCAUAUGGUGAAGCAAGAUUUUAACGCUCUGUAGAGCCAGAUUCAUCAUCUUUACAGAUUCGUUAUUCUGCAAUAGGUAUUUUUUAAUUUUUUUUGCGAUAUUAUUAUUUCACGUAUUAUAAGUUAUUUAAUUAUGUGAUUCAUUUAUAUUGGAAAGGUUGUGAUUUUGAAUAAAUUCUGUUCACGAAUUUUUGUGGCCAUGUUAUUAGAAUUAAAAAUUUUAGACUUA